GCCUGCAGAUGGUGCUGGGAGGUGCGUCGCUGCUGCUGCUGUCAGCCACCUGGUGGACAGUGGCAGAACUGCAGACGUAUGAGGUGGACUGGAACAACAGCAGUGAGGGCGCGCUCGUCAACAACGAUGUGCCCAUCGUACAAUGCCUGCGCAGGAGCGACGAGUACUGCAGCAGGGUCAGGUGUGCCGCACCGCCAGAGGUCUGCCGCUCGGGUAUGAUCGAGACGUGUGGGUGCUGCAAAGUUUGUUUCAUCUUCCUGCGGGAGCACGCAAGGUGUGACGUCUCACCACCUGAGAACACGCAGUGUGCCCCUGACCUCGUCUGCGGUCGUUCUGGAGUGUGUGAGCGCAUUAAAGCUGGCACCACUUACGGCGAGAACCAUUCUGCCAGGUCUUCUGGACAAUCUGAGGAAAAAGACAGCAGCAAGCCUAAUGGCUAUUCAUCAAAGCAAUACAUCCCAGACCCGUAUUGACGCCGUGGGACCGUUUAAACACAAUGGUUAAGACAAGUUGUGACUCAGUAUUAAAGUGCUGUAUGGCAC